GGCCGGGCCCUAUAUCCGGUGUCCGCCCGCCCUCGGCUCUGCCGCCGCCGCCGCCGCCACCGCCGCGAUGCUGUCCCGGUCCCGCUGCGUGUCCCGGGCCUUCAGCCGCUCACUCUCGGCUUUCCAGAAGGGGAACUGCCCUCUAGGGAGACGUUCCCUGCCCGGGGUCUCCUUAUGUCAGGGACCAAGUUACCCUGACAGCAGGAAGAUUGUCCUCAGCAACAGUGUCUGCAGCGUUCGUUUCUUCAGAACAACAGCUGUGUGCAAGGAUGAUGUGAUUACAGUCAAAACCCCCGCGUUUGCAGAAUCCGUCACAGAGGGCGAUGUCAGGUGGGAGAAAGCUGUUGGAGACUCGGUGGCAGAAGAUGAAGUGGUUUGUGAGAUUGAAACUGACAAGACUUCUGUGCAGGUUCCAUCACCAGCCAAUGGUGUGAUUGAAGCUCUGCUGGUUCCCGACGGGGGGAAAGUAGAAGGAGGCACUCCUCUCUUCACACUCAGGAAAACUGGCGCUGCUCCUGCUAAGGCAAAGCCAGCUGAAGCUCCUGCAGCCCCCAAAGCCGAGCCCCCGCCCGUAGCCGCUCCCCCACCCCCACCCCCAGCCGCAGCCAUCCCCACGCAGAUGCCACCGGUGCCCUCGCCCUCACAGCCGCCUGUCAGCAAACCGGUGUCUGCAGUGAAGCCCUCUGCCGCCCCUGCCGUUGCUGACCUGGGAAUUGGCAAAGGUGUCCGUUCUGAACACCGGGAGAAAAUGAAUAGGAUGCGACAGCGCAUCGCUCAGCGGCUGAAGGAGGCCCAGAAUACCUGUGCAAUGUUGACGACCUUCAAUGAGAUUGACAUGAGUAACAUCCAGGAGAUGCGGGCACGGCACAAAGACGGCUUUCUGAAGAAGCAUAACCUCAAGCUCGGCUUCAUGUCGGCAUUUGUCAAGGCCUCGGCCUACGCCUUGCAGGAGCAGCCUGUUGUGAAUGCAGUGAUUGACGACUCAACCAAAGAGGUGGUGUACAGGGAUUAUAUUGACAUCAGUGUCGCUGUGGCCACCCCACGGGGUCUGGUGGUUCCUGUCAUCAGGAAUGUGGAAGGUAUGAAUUACGCCGACAUCGAGCGAACCAUCAACGAGCUGGGAGAGAAGGCCCGGAAGAACGAACUCGCCAUCGAAGACAUGGAUGGAGGCACUUUCACCAUUAGCAAUGGCGGUGUUUUCGGCUCACUUUUCGGAACACCCAUUAUUAACCCCCCGCAGUCUGCCAUCCUGGGCAUGCACGGCAUCUUCGACAGGCCGGUGGCCGUGGGAGGCAAGGUGGAGGUCCGGCCCAUGAUGUACGUGGCGCUGACCUACGACCACCGACUGAUAGACGGCAGAGAGGCUGUGACUUUCCUCCGCAAAAUCAAGGCAGCGGUGGAGGAUCCCAGGGUGCUCCUACUGGACCUCUAGGCAGAGCCCCGCGCCCCAGACACCCACCACGCAGGAACUGAAGCCCUCUUCUCCCUGCCCCCACGGCCCCGGGUCAGCCCCGUGCAGGCCCGCACAUGCUGCUGGCCUCAGGCGAGGCGGCCAGGUCCUCUUCUGGGUGUUCCUGCGAGGCUCCCUCUCUCCUGCCAUCCCUCCCCGCACCCCUUCUCCCCCUGCCCCCUUCUCCCCUAGGCCGAGGGAGAGAGCCUCCGGGUGCCCCUUCAUAGUCCUGCCUUUCUUUGCUCACCCAUGCAGAGAGUAGCUUCUCCCCGUGCUGGUGUUACUAUGGAAACCACCAGGGACCAUGUGCUACGUGUCUUUUGAAAGUCUGUUUUCUAGAGACUCCCCCCCUGGGGGGUUCUGGGGGUGCUGUGCCUCCCAGCUCUGAGCAGCCUGUCUCCUGGCUGUGCACAUGGUCCCCGGACUCCACGCGUGUGGAGGCGUGGACCCCAGGCCAACGGGUGCUGCUGUGCUCCUUGGAACGCACCGUCAUCCUCAGUCUCAUUGGCUUCACGAUGCCUCUUCUACCUCUUCCGGGAAGCACAGGCCAGGGGCCGUGGGUGCGGGUGGAGCGGGCAUUGUUGAGCGUGGGAGAAGCCAGAGUCCCCUCUGGUGCCCGCCGCCCCCAUGCCGACUGGCCUCUCGCCCUUCGUCACCAUCGCGCACAUGCUCAGGCUGUGGGAACCCCUCGGGCACCCUGUUCUCCUUUUGAGCAGAUUCAAGGACAUCAUGGCAAGGGGCACGGGCAGGUUUCGGCCUCAGGCGGGAGAUGGAUUGAGGGAUAGGGGUGCAGGGAGCUUCCUGUCCGGUGGCCUCAGGCUUGGUAUAAGUGGGGAAGGGAGGGGCAGUUCUGUGCUUCCUGCACUUGGGCAUGAAGGAGCAGAGCUGUAGCACUUACACACAGGACGGGGGGAGAGUGGGCCGGCAUGGGGCUGGCCAGCGUCCUCACAGAGCCUCUGCCUGGUGCCUGGGCACGGCUGCUGGCAUUCCUCAGAGCAGGUUAGCACAGCCUGUGUCCAGCUGCAUCCCGGCAGAACAGGCUGGGCCCGGUGCUGAGAGUGCCCGGGUCUCGAGGGAAGGGGAGGAGGAAGGGAGGAAGGGAAGGAGUGAGCCCGUGGGGUGGGA